GGGACAACAAUAAAUCCGCGACAGGAUGGGUGAUCGACUAAAGAAUCCGGUGGAAAAGACGGCAGAUCCAAUCAUCUCACAGAUUGGUGACUUCCGAAGAUAUCAAUUCUUCUUCUGCGGCAUUAUAUUCCUCAGCAAGUUUGGAACUGGGUGGCAUACAUUGGCCCACAUCUUUCUAGCAGCACCAACGCCCCUAAAAUGCAAUACCGAAAAUGUGACAGAUGCGUGCAGCAAAGAAUGCCAUGACAGGGAAUUCGAUACAAGUACCUUCAAGACGACUAUUGUGACCGAGUGGGAUCUGGUCUGCGGUCGUGCAUUUAUGUCCAGUCUCUCGCAGUCCGUUGUCAUGAUGGGCAUCAUGUUUGGCAGCAUGUUCUUUGGCAUGAUCUCAGAUCGAUUUGGCCGUCGACCUGCGUUCUUGGGCUGUUGUUUCAUGCAGCUCUUUAGUGGCUUGAUCGUCUGUUUAUCACCCUAUUAUUGGUUCUACGUGGUAUUCCGAUUUCUGACGGCCUUUGCCACUGGAGGUACUAUGUGCACCAGUUUUGUGCUCAUCAUGGAAAUCAUUGGACCAAAGAAACGAGAAAUAGUAGCUAUUUUAUAUCAAAUACCCUUUAACAUUGGACAUGCCUCAUUGGCUGUCUUUGCCUACUACAUUCGCACCUGGCGGUGGUUUCAGUUCAGCAUUACGAUAUUCUCAGUCGUCUUUAUUAUCUACAUAUGCCUAGUGCCCGAGUCACCCAGAUGGCUUUACACCACCGGCAAGGUGGAUGAGUCGGUCAAGAUUCUGGAGAAGAUAGCGAAACACAAUCGGGCUCCAACGGACACUAUUAAGCCGGAGAUUGAAGCCGCCUAUAAGGUGCUAGCUGCCAAGGCUCCAGCGAAAAAGGGCAACAUAAUCGAUCUAUUUCGAACACCUUAUCUGCGAUUGAAGACCAUCUGCAUGGGCACGGAUUGGGUUGUGGUUUGCAUGGUCUACUACGGCACCGCUCAAUACAUUUCCAAGCUGGGAGGUGACAUUUUCCUUAACAAUUUGAUUGCUGCGGCCCUGGGAAUCCCCGGAACUCUCAUGUGUGUUGUGAUGACCAAGUAUAUGGGCCGCAAGAUUACAAUGAUGAUCACAAAUGGACUUAGUGGUAUUGCUCUUUUGUUGCUGGUCUUCUUGAUAAAUUCGCAUAGGACCAUUCAGGUCGUUUUAGCCACCAUUGGUCUCUUUGGAGCCUCCAUUACCUUCCCAAAUGCAUAUCUUUGGGGUGGCGAAAUAUUUCCCACUGUAGUCCGAUCCAAUGGCAUGGGACUUUGCUCCAUGCUGGGUCGCAUUGGCGGCCUCUUGGCGCCCCUCAUCUGUGAUCUGGCCAAUAUUCAGCCCUGGAUAACGCCCCUGAUAUUCGGGGCCGUCUCAAUAGUUGCUGUUGUUGCCACUCUUGCUCUGCCAGAGACGAGGGGAAUGCCGCUGCCGGAGACGCUGGAGGACGGCGAGACUUUUGGGCGAAAGAAAGACUAGACAAUUCACAAAAGAACAAGCAAUUAUUUCAUUUAAUUCAUUUAUUUGCACUAGUUGCAUUUAUUUAUUCAAGCAAUCAAACAAAAAAUAACUGGUUUAAACAACUCUCGUGCAAAUGUAAUUGUGUUAUAAUAAACUUGGUCUGAUCACAA